AAGCUCUCUCGAGAAGAAGCAACAUCGACGUUAUGGUGGAGCAUCGAAAUCGCAAAUCUCAGCAAUUUUCUUCCGGAAUGAAAUGACGCCUGCUUCCUCGCCCUUACUGAUCGUGUACUAUGUGAACAAAUCGAAAAGUUGGAUUUGGAGGAAAGUGAAUAAAAACAUCAUAAAGAUACCGUGAUCGCAACAUGAUCUGGUCCACCACGUAGUGUCAAUAUGUCUUGCUUAUCAUUUCAUGAUCGCCGCUCUCCAAUAGAGUUCAGGACGAUGAUUCACGACGACACAGAGACAGUAAUUGAAGAUGUAAGUAGUUGUGAUCCCCUGAGACUCCUCCUCCUCGAAGGUGGUUGUUAUACGGUCCUUGGCUGCGCGGUCGAAAGAAUCAAUGCGCCUCUCCUUGUUGCGAGAAGAACAUAGAAAGUUUCACUAAGUGUUGCAGCAAGGAUUUUUUUAUUUUACGGUUGAUUGUUGCCUUACUCUUCUGCUGUCCUUCUUUGAUACAAUCAGGAUUGAGACAUCGGACCACAAAACCGAAUAAAUCAUGACGAUGGCACCAGGCGGAGGGUCGUCUUCUUCUUCGUUUCUUACGAAGCCAGAGCCGGUGAGGAGCGGUCGUACUACGCGACAAAGUAGUUCUGUGUUUGAAGUUGAACAAGACGGAGAGCAAGCUGCAGGGCAGCGGAGAAGUCGAAGUCCUCCUGGUUGUGGUCCGUCGGACAUCAUGUUGUUCAUCCUGGACGACGUGACCCAGGCCUCUAUUCAGCCGGACCUGGACGUCCUGGGCCGUCUCCUAUACCGCUCGCGCGCGCAGCACCGAAGGCAGCCGAUCUACACGCGUCUACUACGGGUGUACAAACUUCUGGGUAGAAAUAUUGCUACGACAGAAAAAGGGACGAUGAUGAACAAGAUGAAAACGAUUAUGGCCCCCACACAGCUACAACGGGGGGAAACAGAAAUAGUAGCGUCUAAAAAUCUUAGAGGCACAACAAGUUCUGAAGAUCCGGAUCCUGAUAGUGCACCAGCAACACCCGCAGACGGAGAUGAACAAGAGCUGCAUGAUUAUCGGCAGAUCAUGCUGGCGAGGCAGAAAACUCGACUCAAGACUGCCAUUUUCACGGCCGUGAGAGCCUUGUCGAACCAAAUCGCGCACACGUUCUUCCUCCCGUACUGCACGACAUGCCUGGCUCUGAUGGCGAGUCUCUUUGACAAACUUGGGCUUAAUAUUUCUGCAGUGAAUGAAGAUUCUCGCCGUUUCAACCGCUUAGGUGCUGGAACAAUGUCUAGUACAUCAAUCAGCACAAAGACUUCUUCUACACGGGGCGCCGUUCGUCCGGGAGCCGCAGGAGGAUCGAUAAGUUUCCUCAGGGACAAGGCACAGAGACUAAAAAACGCGGCAGCACUGGACGAGGCUGAGCGGAGUAAGAAAAGGGCGCCAAAUGAGGACAAGCGGGAAGAUCUUCAUACUAGUACGCAGAAAUUGAAGUCAUCAUCGGUUGCGAUUGACACCACCUGCAAAAGAGAGACGAACAAGAUAUCCCACAAGAAGGAAAACACAGUGCGACAGGGGGAUGUUGUUGACCUCCAGAGGAACAUCAUGAACAAGAGAAGUAAUAAAAAAGUCGUGAACAUUUUUCGUCGUUGGCAGAUGACAACCGAGGAGGCUACUAGUGGCCGCGACAGAAGAGCGGAAAAGGACGGUCUUGUUGAUAAAGCUGCAAGUACCACGCCGCGUGGUAAAAAUGUAAUUUGCCCUGCUGAUCAUCAUGUUCGUGUUCGUGAUGCUACAGGUCCGAGCAGAGACGCAGAAGGCAUUUCGUGGGGAAGUGGUCGUCGUGGGGAAGUGGUCGCACCAACGUCCGCAUCUGGAACUACUUCUGGACUCGUGCAUCCGGGUCCUCGGGAAGCAGGAAAAUCUGGGGCGGAGCACGAGAACAAUUCGCACCACCACGACACUUCUGCGAAAGUAGUAGAACUGCAGAUGAAACCGCAAUCCGCAUGUCUCAGCGACAGCGAUGAAGGAGAGGCUGUUCAUCACCCAGUAUUUUUAAGUCCUCACGAGGCGGAGAUCAGCGCUGGUGGCAGCAAAAAAGCGGGGUUUUUGACGACAGCGGAAAGGACCGGGAUGAAUCAGGAAGUUGUAGAUCAUAGGUCACAUCAUCGACUACAACCACUUGGAGGCUGCAGCGAUGACGAAGGAGAGCCGGUUCCUGAGGACCAGACCAUGUUGGGAGGGAAAGGAUUAAAAAUGCGUGAGCCUGGUUGUACAACUAUCUCCUCCUCCUCGUCAUCUUCCACCCCGCCACUGCAAGCAGUCAACUUCACAAUCGACACGGUCGGAUAUGAGGGUGCAGCACACCUCCUUCUCCCCCUCAUUUGUCAUGCGAAAGUGCCAAGAAAUCGUGUCCUGCCAGAGCAGCCUUGUGGCCGUGCUUGUAUGAGAACAAAUUAAUAUUGAUAUUCUGGAACAAGCCCAAACUGAACGACGCUCCGGGCGUCGUGAAUUUGUAAUUCUAUGACUGCACGACCACAUAUGUAUAAAUAUGGGGCCAUGUACUGUUUUUAUUGCUGCUCGGAAUUUAUUAUUGUUCACAAUGCCAAAUGAGGAAAAAAAGGGGAGUUCUUCUUCACUCUGAUAGCGGAGACGAGGAUUUGUCGUCUCGGGUUUUGAAGAAAAGAACCCUAAACCCGAAAGUAGGUUUAUCCACCGCCGCUGCGCAGUGUGCUUCGUCGCCUUUCCGAGCGCAAGAUCAAAAAAAAGAAAAACACCAGCAGGGGGCAGCAUCUGGAUCUGUUGCUAUCAUCUCCAAUACGGGUAUGGGAGUGUCAGGAUCGAAAUCGUCAAAGAAGAAGAUGAAGAAAAAGAACCUGAAGGCCAGCAUUUCAGUGCCUGUUGAAAAUACCUCGUACCGCGAUCCUCGCGGCGGGGAGACCUUUGAGAACGAGACUGGUGUAGUUGAUAUAUCGACGUCGAAAAUGAAGAGUAGGUCGGACAGUACCGUCGGCGCGGGGAAGAAGAAGGCAAAGCUGCCGAAGAAGACGAGGAAAACCGCGGCGGCGGGGAAACAAGUGAAGAAAUCAGUAAAGAAAUUGCGAGAAGCACUGGGAGAUGGGAAAAAAUAAGGAGGAGAUUCAGUCGAUAAUCGGCGAAAUGCAUUUCUUUUAUAAAAAGCGACAAAAAUAACGUUUCUGUUCUUUGUAGUUUAACAGAUGUUGACGAGUAAUGUGUUUUGUUUACUGGCUCAGGGAGCCCACGACCAUGAUAAUACCAAG